AUGAUCUCAGAUGCAGCGACGAGCAGUCGCGCCUCGAUAAUAUCCCUCGAUCCCGCCGUUGCAAGCCAAAUCACCGGUACGACCGUCACUGGCGCAACAAGCCAUUCGCGGACGGGAUCGAGUCCCUACAAACCUGGUUCAGAGCACAAUCAUGGACAUGGCCAUGCUAGAAACAAGUCGGCCCCAAUCCAAAAUGACAAACAUCUCCUGCGGCGAGCGAAGAAUAGCACCGAGAUGCUACGCCAGAGGUCCACCAAGUCUGGAAAGAACCAGAAGUCGGAGCCGCCCGCAGAUUCUCGAGGAGGUCGGAAUUUCACAGUCGGCAAUGUUGGUACCGGCGGCUUGCUAUACCUCAAGCCUUCAUCGCACCAAGUCCCCGCUCCGACGGCUUCACCACCACCGCUUAUGCCCAUGACAGCGCCUGCAGAUCUUUCGUCAUAUCCGGAUAACACUUCAUCGACUCCACGGCCAAAGACAGCGACGCGAAACGGCGUUGUCUCUCCAACCACACGACCCCCACUUCCGGCGAACGUGACCACGCCUUUACCAGCACGCAGACCUACUAUUCAGACCAUUCGAGCCAAGCAUGGCAGAUCACAGUCGUUUUCUACAAUAGAUGAGCAUAAUACUGUGAUGGCUGGGAGAUCCGGAGCCUUGAAGAUUGUGAUCAACCGGCCCGGCACUGCGACUACGAAAGUGUCGGAGGAUUCACAUCUUCCAGAAAAGCCUUUCUCGCCGACUCUCGAGGUUCCGAUACCUCACUACAGGCUCGGACAGCCUCGCUUCAGCACAAAUGGAACGCCGGCACUACGUUCGUCGACUUUCACUCGUGAUUCUUCGGAAUUUAGUGGGACUGGGACCGUAACGCCGCAACAGACGUCAGCUGGUAAACCGCAGAAGGAGACUCGUAUUGGUUUAGGACACAUCUCGGGACGUCAGAUAGGAUCGUCGGGGUCAGAUUCGACCAUCCGCGAGCACAUUAGAUCUGACAUAUACGAUACUCUGGCAGAUGUGUACGACGAUCCUGAUAUCGUGCGGUAUUCCCACAAUGUUCGCGAAAUCACUGCAGCUACGCCGGCAAGACUGAUCGCGCAAAUAUCGUCUGAAUCCUUCAUGGACUAUGAACUGGUUUCUGAUUUCUUCCUGACCUUCAGGUCGUAUAUGACCAUCUAUCUGGUCAUGGACUUGUUGCUUGCUCGCUUGCGGUGGGCCAUUAACCGACAAGAAGACGAUGGACGCAUCAUCAGAGUCCGCACGUUUGCUGCUUUGCGACAUUGGAUUCUCAACUACUUUGCAGACGAUUUCAUACCUCACCAAAAACUCAGAAUUCGCUUCUGUAACGAGAUCAAUGGUCUGUAUCGUGAAGUCGCUGGCAGAAGGAGUACCGGGACUAGUGAUCUCAAGGUGCUGCGUGACCUGAAACGAUGCUGGAAUGGCCGCUGUUCCUUGUUUUGGAACUCCGACGACUUCAACGUCGAUGGUGAUCAAGACGAGGAUCUGCUGCCCGGGCUCGCUGAAGACGUCGAAGGAGAAGCUUCGAGCGCAUCAGAAGACGCUCCCCCACCAAUGCCACGAAACGUACGCACUGUGUCAAAUUCUAGCUGGUUUAAUAUUCCGCCAACGGUAGCGACCAAAGUCCCACAACACAACCGGCAGGAUUCAGGCAAGCAGGAAUCUUUGGCUAGUGAACAAAGUCUCCAGGCCAAGUCUUGCAACAUACCCACAAAACUUCUCCGUCCAGGGGAUGUGCAAUCUUCGCAAGGAGGCUCGCAUCCUGUGCCGGUGCAGCUCAGACGGCCAAAUGCCAACGGCAACCUCGAAGUCAAAGUUGGUCACCUUGGUCACAGGAGAGGCGCGCCGUCCAUAGACAGUGACAGAGAACCUACUCCUAGAGCCGAGCCGAGCCAGAAGUUUCCUCUGUUCGAUGGCAGCCUUAUCCGGGGAUCCAUUUACGCACCGAGUGCCCCGUUCGUGCAGAUAAUUUCUUCACCCACAGCAAUUUCAAUGUACAAGUUCGACACGCCGCAGGAGCAAUUGGUCAAGCAGCAACGUCGAGGCUCUCCCCAUUCUGCCCAAAGUCCAGGCGUCAAGAACAUCUUUGGGUCGUUGCGCAAAGCGCUUGCUGGCAAACAUGGGCAGAGUGAUAUGGCACUGGUGACUGUUUCUGCACCAAUGCCCAUGUCGGAAGAAAAUGCUCCUCCACGAGCACAGCUUCCUCUGAACAUGUCUAAAUCACACGACGAAUUGCGGUCACGAGCAACUGCUCUCCAGCACAAGGGUCAGCUCAGAAUCGAUCUACUUUGUGCUCAAGUUGCGCAGAACUAUGAGCUACUUUUCCCGCACGCAAAGUUUGCUAAGCAUACUUCUGCGUUUCCUAUACAGGCCAUGAGGCCUGCAACGGAUCAUGGUCCACGAACAGCCAGCGAUCCUACCCUUCUAACACCAGACCUGAGGAAAGACAGACUUCCAAGUCACACCACUGCCCAUAGCGGCUCGAUACUGAUCGUCAACGAUACUGGAAUGGGUGCGCAGGCCAUGCCUGGUGGCCUCCCUUCCCAAGCCGAGCUUCGAGCGGCCUAUGAAGCGCAAGCGUCACCCAAGAGGCUCCGACGCACUCGGUCGAUGAUUGAGGCUCGGCCAGGCAAUCAAUCGAAGAAGCUGCAUUUCAACCGACAGGAGCGUGAGCACCAAGCGGACGAGCCUGCACUGCCCUCUUCUUCACCUCGUCCGCAAGGCAGCUCUCCUGCACGAGGACCUGGCGUCUUAUCGCCACAGCACACACCUCGCGCUGAGCCACCUGGGAGUCAUAGUCCGCAAUCGCAAGAAAACAGCAGCCCGCCUCCACUAAGCCAGCCAAAUGGCCUCCGCCGCCGACCUGGAGGUGAUUUGCGCAAGGUGGAGAACGUUCAAGACCUGCCACAGCAUCAACACCACGAGUCUGUAGACACAGCCACCACCUCUGGAUCACCGGUCCACUCCUUCCUGGAUCUGGACGAGGUGGAAAAACAGCCCGUAAAGAAGCAAGUGUCGAUGAUCAAUACGCACUCUUCGCAGCAUCUACGUCCCAGCUUCGAGAAAGCCGUUGCUGGCUUCUCACAUAUACCAGACGAUGACGACGGCGGACUUGAGGCAACGUUACUGAAGCUUGAAGGGCGGUAUGAGAAGGAGUCCCCUCCACUGCCGCAACAUCCUUUGGAUGCGCUUGAAAGGCGCCGGUCCAUGCCGGAGAUGAGUACCAGAAACACUUUCGACUCUCUAGAACGGCUUGAAGAGCCACAAAAACGUCCUCCGACAAGAACCGGUGAGCGUCGGUCAAGUCUAGAGGCCUUUGACCUGCGAGACCUCUCGCACACUCGAGACCCGCUUCCACAAAGCGGCAGAGUGUCCGACAAUUCGUCAAUCUUUGGGAUGCCGGUGGGUUCAGACACCGACGCAGUCGAGCGGGAUAAUUCAAUACCGAUGCUUCAUAGAGAUACUGAUUCUGCAACAACGCCAGUGUUACCGCCUGCUCCUACCAGAGACGGGAAGAAGCUGAUGCCCAGUCCUCUACACCUACAGCAGGGGUUUCAAGAGGGUUCAUACAACUACAACGCACUGGACCCAAUCCCUCGACCAAUGACGGCCGAUGAAAGUGCCCAAUCGUUCUUGCUUGAUGAAGACGAGAAUCUGUCUGACCUGUCCUCUGAGAUAUCUGUGGACGUCAUCAACCACGCGCCGAAUGCGAGGGACAACUCUCCGAUGUUCGCUGCGCCAGGCACUGCGGUGUCUGGAUUGGAGAUUCCUUCGCAUCCACUGACCUAUGCAUCCGUUGUCAAUCUUGCGCCACCCGAGAUCUCGCGGGACUCUUCAGCUCCGCGGGCAUCUGGCUCAGCUCAACCCUACGUGCAUCUGCCAUUGCCGAAAACAAUGGCAGCCAACAACCAUCAGUAUGGUAAUCGAGUAUCGGGCGGACCAGCACAUAUUCCUUUCAUACUUGCUGCUGAUUCUCAAACAAUCGCGCAGCAAAUGACGCUGAUCGAAAAGUCUGCUUUGACCGAGAUCGAAUGGUCUGACCUGGUGAAUAUGAAAUGGGACAAUACAUCGCCACGUGUGCUUGACUGGGCCGAGUAUCUGACCAAAGCUGAUAUCAACGGUGUGGAUCUGGUAAUUACGCGAUUCAACCUGGUCUCGCGCUGGGUACGGUCCGAGAUUGUCAUGACGCACGACAUCGAGGAGCGUGCACAGGUCAUUACAAAGUACAUUCAUGUGGCCGCUCAUGCACGUCGACUGCACAACUAUGCAACUAUGGUGCAGAUAACUAUUGGUUUGACCUCGACUGAUGCCACGCGUCUGACCAAGACAUGGGAGCGAGUUCCGGACCCCGAUAAAAGCCUACUUAAGAACAUGGAGCGACUGGUGCAGCCUGUGCGAAACUUCCACGAGCUGCGCCUGGAAAUCGAGUCUGCGGACUUCAGUGACGGAUGCAUCCCGUUCAUCGGGCUGUACGUCCACGACUUGACGUACAACGCUCAGAAGCCGGCGACAAUCCCCCGCAAGCCUAAAGCUGAUGGCAGAGCGGUAGUGUUCAGCGAGCAUUAA